CAUGUAGUAUAGUGUCAUUUUUACACGGAAAACUAAAUAACACAUAUAUUGAAGUCACUUUUUACACAAUUAGAUUUGCAGUGGGUAUGCUUUCCAUUUGGUGACAGAAGUCGACACAAGCAUCAUUCUAUUCUUCUUAACAUUCAGUGAGUAACAAAUGGUAGUAAAGAUAGAACGACACUUGUGUCACUUGACUUGUUUCACCAAAUGAAAAGAGCAUCCAGUGUUUUUAAAUAAAAUCUAUUUUUAUAUAUAAAUAAAAUCUGUCUCUUUUUUAUUUUGUAUAUCGCGAGUAAAUCUGAAUGAGUAUUCAACGACUUGUUACAAGAGGACGUCAUUAGAGUUUCGGAUUCGAAAGUGCGUAAAUGUGUGCAUAAAUCCACCGCUGAUUUUGAGCCUGUCCUCGCGAUUGUGUGUAAUAUUGCUCGUGCACACACUAUCACGCACGGACGCGUAAUCCAAGAACCUCCUUUGCAAAAUUUUCUCUCCCUUGAAUCAUCGCGCGGUCGUCUUCGUCGUGGAGGAGAGGUACUCGGCGGAGAUUCUCGCACACGGUACGCCCUUUGUGAACGAAAAAUCGUCCUGAUCGUCGACGCAUUCUCCCGGCGUGGAGGACGCCGUGAGGUCGAGGUCGACGCGCUCUGAUAAUAAAUGAUGUUUUAUCUGUCGAGCGAUGCCCGGCGGAUAUAGCAUAGCCCGACGGAGAGAGGGAAGAGGAGGGAGAGAAUUGUAAUGCGACGAGGCGUCAAUCUGCUUUUUCGUUCGCGCAGGGUGCGACAAAUCAUGUCGAGGCACCGUCUCGCCGCUAACACGAGUACAGAAGAAGCUUCGACGAGACGUCUGGCUACUAUCGACGAGGGCCGCCGAGUCAGUGACUUAUCGGGCGAGUCGAUGAAGGACAGUAACGAGGUGGAAGUGACGUCAUUGGAGGAAGCCAAGUCGGUCAUAGCGGCACUCAGAGCGAGACAGCGGGCACAAGCCCACCAAAUGCUCGCUUGGCGAAGGACCCUUAAAUUGCAGGAGGACCUGGUGGCCCGAUUGACGCGAGAAAAAGCUGAGCAGCUGCGGACGUUGUCGUCGCAACUUCUGCUGUUUGAAUCAAGGCUCUGCAGGAAGCAGAAGGAAAUCGAAGCCAGUCUGAGUCAGCGAGAAUCCAUUAUUUUACGACAACAAAGGGUGAUCCGGCAAUUGCAGAAUAGAUUAGCGGAGAGGAGCACGAGCACUCGGGACUCGCCACCUUGCGACGCCCUGGACAGAUUGGACAGUCUCGGGGAUAGCGACAGCGCCGUGGUGCUCGAGGAGGCCGCGGACGAUCCUGCCCCACCAAGGUUUCGUUCUAACAUUACUGAUGUAACUGUGAUCCGUUCCGUGUCCGAUGCGGUAGAACCAUCGAAUAAAUAUUCAUCGAUGCGACGUUGCAACGGUUUCCUCAGAAGACCGGAGAUUCUGGAAACCGUGUAUUCCGUGGAGGAGGACGGUGACAGCGAAAAUAAUCAGGAUCCGUCGGAGUCGACAGAGAAUUCGGAAUACGAGGACAGGAGAAUGAAAAACUUAGGCAACGGAAAGGGCAGGCUUCAGGAUCUCUACGGCAGUUUCGAAAGGUUGGCUCAAGACACGGAUUCUCCACCCAGCGAAAGACCCAGAGACGAAAGCCAACAGGCGCAGGUGACGUACAAUAGGGUAAUGAGCAAUCACAGAUCCGUGACGAAGCCAAAAGACGUGAAGUACAAGAGGAUAAAUAAGGCAAAAUCGAAAAGUCUUGAAGAACUUAGAGGACGUCUUAGAAAUUGGGUCGAGAAAGGAAAUAAAAUAGCUAUAUCGUUGGAUCAGUCAUAUGCUUGAGCCUACUACCAUAUAUGAAAGUAUAUAAAUUAUUAUUUUAUGAACAAAAACGUGUAAUGCCCAAAAUUCUAUUUAUAAGAUUAAAGAAUGGACUUUUAUCUUUAGUAAAGUCGCUACUGUAUUUAAUUGAAAUAUCAUCGCUCCAUGUGAUAUUUACUGUAAUAUUUUGUCAUGUUAAUUAUGCACCUAGAUCAAAGAUAAAUGAUUCGAGACUUGUGAUAUGAUUUUAUUAUAU